AUGUUGGCAUUGCAAAGACUCGAUUCCAGGAUGCCGCAGCCGCAGCCGCCACUACCGGACGAGGACCCUGGCCUUAUCUUUGGUUGGCAAAUAGGGGUCAAUGUGGACGAGAUUUUCGGCUUCGAAAGGGAGCCUCUCCCCCAAUUAACGCCACCAGAUAAUCCGCAAGGGCCCCCGAUUCUUGAUACGGGAGAAACUGACACGCUAGAUGCCUUCUUUGAUCACAUACAUAACAACACGGAGCCGCCACCCAACUAUGGAGAGGGUUUGGCUCAGUUGCAAGACGACUGGUUCAGUGACAUAGGUCCGGUGCCUGUGCUGGUGGGCACCUCUACCACACUGGGACCGCAGACGGACCCAACCCUCAGUUCUCCGGCGAACUUGGAGAUGCCUCAAAUGACAUUUCCAAAUGUUGGGCCAAUGGUCAACGGGGCUUCUCAACCCGCGAGCUUCACACCUGUGCCGCAGGCCUCGAACCAGCACCAAAACCAACGCCGCCAUCACCAUCACCAUCAUCAUCACCGACAGUCACUUCCCGGCUCUGCACCUCCGCCAGUGCCUUCGCCUAUCCAGAUCCCAUUGCAUCAGCCGCAUUCUGAGCAGGAGAUUGCCGCGGCUACUGCAUUACAAAACACUGCAUUGUUUCAAAACCGAACUGGCCGGCCGGACUACUCAUCCUACACGGGAAAUCAAGCACCAAAUGGUGCAGUUUUUGGGCAAAGACACCAGUCCCAGCUUGCUGGGCAAAGCCAUCAUUCACCCGUGUUUUCGCCAAUCGAUAAUGCCGCAAGUCAACCCUUUGGCUUCACAAUCACACCGAAUCAACAUGCUUCGCAUGCGCAGGAGCAACCUCAAGUUCCGGCGAAUGCAUUCCAACCCCGCGUGUACAUGAACGGCCAGGCACAUGUUCAGCCUCAGCCGCAGCGACAGCCCGCCCCGGCAUCAUCGUCUAGUACUGCGCCCACCAUGUUUGAUAAUCUACGCAAUCCUCAAUACGGCUCUGAUCCCAACUUCAGUAGACCUCACGGCUACGUCCCGCAGACGACCCAGGAAGAUAGUGCGCAGAUUGAGCAAGAGCGCCUCAAAUACGUGGGCUGUCUGGAGCCAGUCGCACCCAGCAGUAACGAGACCACAGGGCCGACGACGCCAAUAUCCCCCGCUCGCAGGCUCACCAAUCUGGACAAGAUGAUUAGCGAAUACGACAAUGCCAAUGACCAUGCCAAUGCAGCGAGCAUCGUGAAGCUUGAGUCGGAUGAAGGCGCCGAGCAGAAGCAGGCCAGUGUUGAAGGAGAUGACGACGAAUCACUGCCGUUUAAUUCCAAGGGUAAGGGAAAGGCCAAACCCAAUGCCCGGCCUCGCCCCCAGAAGAAGCUCAAGACCAUACCAGCAACCGCCAGGAAGAGCCCCUCAAGCGAGCUUGCGGCAGAUACCUCAGCGCCAGGGCCAAGCCCUCUGAAUUCAGGCGAUGUCGAGGAUGAUGCCGACGCCGUCGGAAAGCCCUCGUCUGGAAAGCGGCGCAAGUCAUCAACGGCGCCGCAGAAACAGCCUCGUGUGAAUUUGACAUCAGAGCAGAAGCGACUGAAUCACAUUAAUUCGGAGAAAAGACGACGCGGCAACAUCAAGGACCAGCUCCAGGAUUUGCAGUCCGAAAUCGACCCCAUAAGGGACCAGAAAAUGAGCAAGGGCGUGGUUGCCGAGAAGACAUUCGAGUUUAUCGAGGCUCUCUUGCGCGAUAACCAGUAUUUGUUGGAACUAAGUCUUCAGCAUGGCUGGUCGGAAGACGCUCUCAUCGAUGGGCAGAGUCAACAGCACAAUGGUGCUAGUCAAAGUUCGGGACCUUCUACAGGCAAUGGGUACACCAACAACCAGCCGAUUCUAUCGACACCCGACCAGACCUUUGGUAUGUCCUCCCUGCAGAACGGACACGGCGACCAUCAUCUUCACAACGGCGCCCAGUCGGUCCAGCCAAACGGGAUACAUCAGCCAUCUAUGGGGGCCUCGGCACCUCACCUCAAUGGCAUCAGAACCCAUGUUGCUUCUGCUGCCAGAAAUGGUGGAAACGCCCUAGUUUCCCAGCCGAACGCCGGAUACGACAGCUACACCGCAGCGCCACAAGACAGUGGUGCCGGCAACUCUGCUCACGUCCACAACCCUCAAAUGUUCCACAGCCCGACCAUGUUUGGCCAGUGGAAUGGCAAUGGCGCUGGAACCGGCGCUCAAAUAUCCGCAUCUCAAAUGCCCACCUCUCCGCAUGGUCUAUAUGGGUAG